GCUUCGCCGUUAAAAUUUCAAAACACUACUACUUUCCAAGUUCCCAUUUCUUCGUUUUCUGCUCUCUGCUCUUUCUCCUUUCAAAAUUCAAUCCAUUGCUUUUUCUGUUUUUGUUGUUUCCGUAAUUUAAAAAAAAAAAAUUUUUGAGAAAAGCCCGCCAAAAAUUUGCUAUCGGCCAUUCCGGCGGCUAAAUGGCAGCUCACGGCGCCGGGCUCCGGCGAGUGUUAGUGCUGGCCUUUUGCGUUGCCGGAAUCUGGUCGGCUUACAUUUACCAAGGCGUUCUCCAAGAAACGCUAUCAACAAAGCGAUUUGGUCCGGACGGGAAGAGAUUUGAACAUCUGGCAUUCCUAAAUCUGGCACAAAAUGUGGUCUGCUUAGUCUGGUCUUAUAUAAUGAUAAAGAUUUGGUCCAGAGGCAGUGCUGGUGGCGCUCCCUGGUCGACAUACUGGAGCGCAGGCAUUACAAAUACAAUUGGCCCUGCCAUGGGGAUAGAAGCAUUAAAGUAUAUUAGUUACCCUGCCCAGGUCCUGGCAAAAUCCUCAAAAAUGAUUCCAGUCAUGUUGAUGGGCACUUUAGUUUAUGGUAUCAGAUACACCUUUCCGGAGUAUGUAUGUACUUUCCUUGUUGCCGGAGGGGUAUCUACUUUUGCACUAUUGAAGACUAGCUCAAAGACCAUCAGCAAGCUGGCACAUCCAAAUGCACCCCUUGGAUAUGGCCUUUGCUUUUUGAACCUUGCAUUUGAUGGAUUUACAAAUGCAACUCAGGAUUCACUGACUGCAAGGUAUCCAAAGACAACUGCCUGGGAUAUAAUGCUGGGAAUGAAUUUAUGGGGUACCAUAUAUAACAUGCUCUACAUGUUUGGGUGGCCACAGGGCAUUGGAUUUGAUGCAGUUCAAUUCUGUAAACAGCACCCUGAGGCAGCUUGGGACAUUUUUCUCUAUUGCCUCUGUGGUGCAGUGGGGCAGAAUUUUAUAUUUUUAACCAUAAGCCGGUUUGGCUCUCUUGCUAACACCACAAUCACCACAACCCGCAAAUUUGUCAGCAUUGUGGUGUCUUCAUUGUUAAGUGGCAAUCCCUUGUCAACAAAACAAUGGGGCUGUAUAGUCAUGGUCUUCUCUGGGUUGUCAUACCAAAUUUAUCUCAAGUGGAAGAAAUUGCAGAAACUGCAGAAGAAGAGAAAGGCUACAUGAAGAGGAAUGAUUUCAAAUUUAGAAAACAGCUAGGAAUUGGUAAAUGUAUGAGAAAUAGAUCCUAUAUUGAAAUAGCAAGCUCCAAAUUGGUAAACAUAUCCUUUCCAUCAUCUGCGUGAUGCAUGGAUGGUUUACAAAAUUUGUAAAUGGAUUUUUGGUUUCUAGUUUUCCUCCAAUUGUCUUCGGUCAUGGUGUUAAUAAGCUUGGAGGCUUCAAUGAAUUCGUACGCAUGUAAGUUGUGAAAGCA